AAGAGGUUGUUGUGUUUUUGUUCUUGUUGUUAGUGUAGUUAAGCAAAUUUAUAUAUUAUUUUUUUUAAUACCUAUGCUGGUUUUUAAUUUAUUUGGAUUUUGUAAAUAAAAUAAGAAAAAUCAUGAUUAUACCUUUGAGAUUAUUAAAUAGAACUACAAAUCAUUUGAUAAAUAAUCGAAAUGUUUUAAAAACACCACAAUUUGUACCUGUUUAUACGAAAUACUAUUCGACAAAAGUGACGGAAGACAGUGAGACCAUAACAAUUGGUGAUGUAACAAAAAGUAUAAAAUUACCAAAAAAUCCCGAAUUAGUGCCACAAAAAUAUGUGCAAUACGCUGAAGAUGGUUCUAUGGAAUUGAGCCAAUCUGCUUUACAUCACUUGAGAUGGAUGCUGCAAAAGGAUAGUUUGAAACAAGACAUGUUUCUUUUGGGCCAACCUGGUCCCUUGAGAAGACAAUUGGCCAUGCAGUUUUUAGAAUUGACUCAAAGAGAAUUGGAAUAUAUUGCCUUGAGUCGCGAUACUACGGAAAGUGAUUUGAAACAGAGGCGUGAGAUUAAAAACAAGGCUGCUGUUUAUUAUGAUCAAUGUGCUGUUAGUGCUGCUGUGAAUGGUCGGAUUUUGGUUUUGGAUGGUGUGGAACAUGCUGAACGCAAUGUUUUACCUAUUUUGAAUAAUCUAUUGGAAAAUCGUGAGAUGCAUUUGGAAAAUGGUAAAUUUUUAAUGGCACCCGAGCGUUAUGAUAAGCUUUUGGAGACUUAUUCUAAAGAAGAAUUAGAUUCUUGGGGUCUGUUACGUGUCUCUGAAGAUUUCCGUGUGGUGGCUUUGGGUUGUCCUACUCAUAAAUAUAAGGGUACUCCUUUGGAUCCUCCUUUAAGAUCACGUUUCCAGUCACGCAAUGUUUCACAUUAUUCAUUUGAGGAAAUGCUUGUCGAUUUGAGCUCCCGUGUUCCUAAUGUAGCUGUGGAAAACUUAAAGAGCCUUUUAUCCUUUGGUUUAGCCGUGCAGUCAGCUGAUGCUUCAGCCAAUUUACCAGAUUUUCCCUUAGAUAAUGUACAUUUGGUAGCUAAAAUGAUGAAUAUCAACUCUAAUUUAUCCCUACAUGAUGCCUUAAUACGUCUGUACCCCUACCAAACUUCCCUGAAAAAGGAGCAACAAACACGCAUAGCUAAUCUUUUAAAAUCCUUCAACAUUAAGCCCGUACCCUCGAAACCAGUUAAAAAGAUUACCAGUGAAAAAUUGCAAAAAGAUGCUGCAAAUAAUUUAGUGGAAUUUAAAAUUGAUGAUGUAACGGUGCAAAUACCAGGCGGUCAUCAUGUUACGGUUAAUCAAAAGCAAAAAGAAUUUGUGGAUUUAGAUCAUCAGCGUAAUGUACUGGCACAAAUGAUACAGGCGGUCAGUGUGGGUGAUGUCUGUUUGAUGGGUCAAAAAGGUGUGGGAAAAUACACUUUAACCCAACAUCUCAUGCAACUGUUGCAGCAGUCCUUGGAACCCAUGGUUCUAUUUGAGGAUAUGACUUCUAGAGAUUUGGUGCAGCAGCGUAUUACCACUGCCGAAGGUGAUACCGUGUGGAGAGAUUCUCCUCUGGUGAGAGCGGCUAAAAAUGGUUCUGUAGCUUUGCUAAAUGGCAUACAUCGUUUGCAUAAAAGCACUGUAACUGUAUUGCAGCGUGUCAUACAUGACCGUGAAUUGCAGUUGUGUGAUGGCACCACUCUGCUGAGUGGAGAACGUUAUGAGGCUUUGUUACAGCAGGGUUUCACAAAACUGCAAUUGGCUGAGAAGGGUAUUUUUAAGAUACAUGACAGUUUCAGAAUUAUUGCCUUAGCCGAGCCACCCAAUCCCAAUACUACGGCACAGAAUUGGUUGACUCCGGAAAUGUUAAGUCUUUUCCUGUACAUGGAGGUCAGACCUCUACAGCAAUCUGAGGAGUAUGAGAUCAUAAAGAAGCUUUAUGGUAACAUCGAUGACAGCAUACACAAGGUGAUUCAAUUGUCUCAUAUCUUGAGAGACUCUUCGGAUGCCACUCUUCAAAAUUUGUCGGGCACUUUGUCGACCAGACAGUUGUUGAAAAUAGCCCGCCGCAUGUCUUCCUAUCCCACUGAUGUCUAUGAAAUCAUACAAAACACUUUCCUCACUAAAUUUAUGCCCGCUCUACCCAGAGCUGCCUUGGAGAAUGCCAUACGUCAGGCUGGUAUUGAGCCGGAAACUGGUAAACAUACAGGACGCAAACAAAUUUCAGUGGAGAAUAACAUUUUAAAAAUUGGCAAUACAGAAAUGAAAUUGGAGGUGGCCAGUGAAGAGUCUAAGGUGCCCAGUACCUUGUUCUAUGAAAUGCCUCAACAUGUGGCUUUAUUGGAACGUCUGCUGCAAGAUUUCCUUAUAGGAGAUCAUUUGUUGCUGGUGGGCAAUCAAGGUGUGGGUAAAAACAAACUCAUUGAUAAAUUGCUGCAAUUGAUGAACAAACCCCGUGAGUAUUUACAACUGCACAGAGAUACUACAGUACACAGUCUCACUGUACAAUCCACUUUGCGCGAUGGCCAGGUGGUUUACGAAGACAGUCCUUUGGUAAAGGCUGUUAAAACUGGCCACAUAUUGGUUAUAGAUGAGGCUGAUAAGGCUCCUGUUAAUGUCACUUGUAUUUUGAGAACUCUGGUGGAAAGCGGUGAAAUGAUGUUGUCAGAUGGCCGUAAAAUAGUUGCACCUGGUGAUAAGGAGUCUGCCUUAGAGGAAAAUCCCACACAAGAGAUUAUAGAAACCCAUCCAAAUUUCCGUGUUAUAGUUUUGGCCAACCGUCCUGGUUUCCCCUUCUUGGGUAAUGAUUUCUUUGCUUCCUUGGGUGAUGUUUUCAGUUGUCAUGCCGUCGAUAAUCCCUCUCCAGACUCUGAAACAUUUUUACUGCAGCAGUAUGGGCCAUCGGUGCCUAAGAAAACUGUGGCCACUUUGGUUAAUGCCUUUGGAGAGUUGCGGCAAAUGGCCGAUGAAGGUUUACUAAAUUAUCCCUAUUCUACCAGAGAAGUGGUGAAUAUUGUUAAACAUUUGGAAAAAUAUCCCAAUGAAAACAUGUCCGAGUUGGUGGGCAAUGUUUUGGAUUUCGAUAAGUACCAGCCUGAAGCUUUGGAACAAGUUACCGGGGUCUUGGCUAAACAUGGUCUGCCCAUAGAGGCCUAUGCACGCAAUGAGUUGUAUGCUUUGCGCAAAAAGAAGGAAAUCCAACUGACAGUCAAUCGCAAAAGUGGUUUGGGAGUUUCGGGACCAAAAUACGGCAAAGUAGAUCCCAAAAAUGAGCCCCAUGUGGGAGGCAAUACUUGGGCUGGCGGUAGUGGUGGUCGUGACACUGCCGGUUUGGGUGGAAAGGGAGGUCCCUUUCGUUUAGAUAAAGGCCAUAAGGUGCACCAACUUUCCGACGAAGAAAAAGACGAUAUACCCGAGGAGGUGAAAAAGGCUGCACGGGAAAUGAAUCGCAAAGCGUUUGAGGAGAAAUUAAAGGAAAUUAGAAUGUCAGCCCACGAUCAUUCUAUGUACGCCCAAUUUAGUGAACCCAUACAUAAGCAAGUGCAGCAAUUAAAGGCUGUGUUGGAUGCUAUGCAAACCAAAAGUAAGGAGAGGCAGUGGCAAAAGUAUCAAACCCAUGGUGAACUUGAUGAUACCCGCCUUAUAGAGGGCAUAACGGGAGAGAAAAACAUCUAUCGUCGCCGAGCAGAUGCCAAUCCCUGGGCUGAUCACAUACAAGAGAAACCAAAUCGCCUUAAAUUGGUGGUAGAUGUUUCAGGUUCCAUGUAUCGUUUCAAUGGCUACGAUGGCCGUUUAGAUCGUGAACUGGAGGCUGUAGUCAUGGUUAUGGAGGCCUUUGAGGGUUACGAGAAGAAAAUCGUCUACGAUGUUGUCGGUCACAGUGGUGAGGGCUAUGAAAUACCCUUCAUCAAUGCCGGCAGUCCUCCGCGCACGGACAAAGAACGUUUCGAGACAAUACGCAUGAUGCAUGCUCAUUCACAAUUCUGCUGGUCAGGUGAUAGUACUGUGAAGGCCACCAAAGAGGCGGUCAAUACUUUGGCCGACGAAGAUUAUGAUAAUUCUAUUGUGGUGGUGCUGAGCGAUGCAAAUCUAUCGCGUUAUGGUAUAAAUCCUAAGGAUUUUGCCAAGGCUUUAAUGAAUGGCGAACCCAAGGUCAAGGGUCAUGUUAUAUUCAUUGGUAGUUUGGCCGAGGAAGCUGAUCUAAUAAACGCUCAAAUGCCGGCCGGUCAUAGUUACGUUUGCAUGGAUGUCUCAACUCUACCACAAAUUCUUAAACAAAUCUUUACCUCUUCAUUAUUGUGAUAAAGAAUAUUAAUUGAAUAUUUUAGUUCCUUAAGUUCAACAUUUGUGUAAUAAUGCUAAAUAGUUAAAUUUUUAAUACAAUUCAAUUAUAAACUGUAUAUUGUAAAUGUGUAUAGUUUGUUAAUUAAUUAAUAAUUUAAUAUAAUUGUUAUAGUCAGACAGA